ACUCGAUCCUGUGCAAAGAAAGGGGUGAGCGAAAUUUGCGAUUCGAUUCACGUUUGCUUCCAAGACCAAGUGGUGAACACUGGCUUGUAACAGAACUGGAGUGACCAGGAUUAGCUAGAGUGUUGUCGUAAUAUGACUUCUCUUCUUCCUUUCACGCCACCCAUUGUUAAGAGGUUGCUGGGCUGGAAGCGGAGUACAGACGACGAUGAUAAAUGGGCCGAGAAAGCAGUGAAGAGUUUGGUAAAGAAAUUGAAAAAAACUGGAGGCCUUGAAGAGCUGGAAAGAGCGAUUACGAACCCGGGUAUUCCUACAAAAUGUGUGACAAUACCUCGCAGUUUAGACGGCCGUUUGCAAGUGUCGCACCGUAAAGGUCUGCCUCAUGUGAUUUACUGUCGACUAUGGCGUUGGCCGGACUUGCAAAGCCAUCAUGAAUUGCGACCUAUCGAGUCGUGUGAAUACGCUUUUAGCUUGAAGAAAGAUGAAGUUUGUGUGAAUCCUUUCCAUUAUCAGCGAGUAGAAACACCAGUUCUUCCACCUGUCCUUGUUCCACGUCAAACAACUGAAGUUCCCAGGGAACGCCCAGCACUGCCUGAAUACACCAGACCAGAAAAUACCUCAUUUCCUACCCAAGAGCCUACUAACUCCCCAUUCCAGUUGCCUGAUACUCCAGGUUAUAUGUCAGAGGAUCAGUGCUCAGUUUCAGGAGAUCAACCACAGAGCAUGCAGACAGAUCCAGGUCCUCUUUCUCCAGACCCUUCCCUUGCAGAUGCGCAACCUGUGCAGUACACGGAGCCAGCAUACUGGUGCCAGAUUUCAUAUUAUGAGAUGAACACGAGAGUUGGAGAAAUUUUUCAUGCAGCUCGACCAAGUCUUACUGUUGAUGGCUUUACUGAUCCCUCUAGUUGUGACAGAUUUUGUCUGGGACUGUUGUCUAAUAUUAAUCGCAACCCUCAAAUAGAGAUGACACGUAAACACAUUGGGAAGGGAGUGCGUCUCUAUUACAUUGGUGGGGAAGUGUUUGCUGAGUGUUUGAGUGACAGUAGUAUAUUUGUACAGAGCCCCAACUGUAAUCAACGGUAUGGUUGGCACCCUGCGACUGUGUGCAAGAUUCCACCUGGAUGCAACUUAAAGAUCUUUAAUAACCAAGAAUUUGCUCAGUUAUUGUCGCAGUCUGUCAAUCAAGGUUUUGAGGCAGUGUAUGCAUUAACUCGCAUGUGCACUAUCAGAAUGUCGUUUGUUAAAGGCUGGGGUGCUGAGUAUCGCAGACAAACUGUCACAAGCACGCCAUGUUGGAUUGAGCUUCACCUCAAUGGGCCCCUUCAGUGGCUUGAUAAAGUUCUAACACAGAUGGGUUCUCCUUCUGCUCACUGUUCAUCAAUGUCCUGAUGAAUUUUACUGAAUGUAGUAUUUCAUGUGUGAAUUUUUACUGAAUGCUUAGAGAAGCAAGUUAGGCUUAAAGCUUUUUAAAUCCUCAAAACCUUUUACUGGGCUUUGUGUAUGAUAUAUCGCAUGCAAAAAUGCCAUAUACUGACUUAUUAGUUGAUUCCUUUUUAGAAAGGCAAUCUGCUAUUAACUAUAUUUUAUAUAAUUAUGAGAAUCAAUGAUUGCAUACAAAUGUGCCUUUGAUGUCCAGAGAGAGGGAGAAAUGUACAUAAAACAGCCAUACUCAGUUGCAAGUUUCCAGAAAGUUUUCUUUUAUAUUUUCUUUUUAUUUCCAUCACAAAUUACAACAAUUACAAUUGUAGAUUGUUUGGGGUAUCUAUACGAAUCCUUUACUCUCAAACCAGAACCUAAUGAAUUUCCAUUUGCAACUCAUUUUAAGGCUAUCAACUGAAAAGAAGACAAGUGUACUUUGUUUAGGUCAGAACAAGAAUGGAAAUUAUAUGUUUAGGGCUAUUUUGGGGUUAGUACAUCUAGAGGCUGCUUUCAAGAAAUUGCAAACAUAGAAACAAUGCAGUAAAAAUGAAUCACCAUAGGCAAAAAACUGAACAUUUGUUAAAACACUGGUUGGGGUCACAUGUUCAAACUACACUUAAACAGUAUUAAACAGUUAAGCUCUACUUAAAGAGUUUUAGUGUUCAAGAAGAAACAAGAAUUUAAGUUUGUCAACUGGUUGUAUUUAAUAUUUAAAAGCCCUGUCAUCUUUAACACUGUCAGUGACGAAUAAUGUAGGAAUUUGCAACUGUGUCAAGGGAAGGGAAAAUUUUUGAAAGUAGAUCUUGAGAGGUGGAUGUCUUUUGGCACUGACACUGGAAGUAAGAGCACUUUUAGCAGCUGAUGUGAGUCACACAAAAUAAGUUUUGUGCCACAUAGGUUUUCUGUAAUGACUGUUCGUCACCUUACUAUAAUGUAUGUCUAUUGAAUUCAGUCUUAAUAACUGUAUACCAAAAGUAAAUAAGAACAAGUAGCUAUAGUAACCUAUGAAAUUUAACAGCAAAUUUUAAAAGAAUUUAGUACAGUUUUCUAUCAAUUUAUGAGUGAAACCUUGAAAUUAGGUGAACAAGGAAAAGAGGUUUGCCUUGUUAGGGAAAAGUGGGAAAGCCAUUCAUGGAAUGCAGUACACAUAGUUUUAUUCAAAGUGUUUCAAAUUUAGUUUCACAUUAAUGCUCAUUUUAGUAUGAGUAUUUGGUACGAGUCUCUGUUUUCUUUCUGCUUGUCAUUGAUGGAUAAGCAAGGGGAGCAGUAUAACAAUGUAUGUGUGCCACAAUUCACCAUUUAAAACUGAUCUUAAAACUGUUAUAGUUUGUUGGAAUAUGCCAAGUGUGGCCUACUGUAUGCUGAUAAAUUUCUCACCCCUAAGUUUGGAAUGAUAAUUUUAGAAUGGUACACAGACUGUUGAGCAGCAGGCCACUGGAGCCUUUGGUUCUUCAGGAAUUACUGUGGUAUCAUUCCUUUCAUACUAGUGAAAAAGAAAAUACUCAUUGCAGUCUUCGAUGAGAUUAAGAAUGACAUUUUUAACCCUCAUAGUAAUUGUAAAAACCUUAGCAACAGUGAUUGAUUUGUAUUUAUUGCUUAUGCAAGGAUUGCAACUUGCAUUUCCAAACUUAAGAAGAAACUUGGCAUAUCAAAGGCAAUUAACAAGGAGCAUUGCUAAAUAAAUGCGGUGUGCUCUGUUGUACAGGAUUAUAAAGAUUGUUUUAACAGGCUAGUUUAUGUGAAACUUAUUUGUUGAAACAUGGACUUUGCAAGCUGUUUAUGGCCCUCUUCCUUUUUCCAUGAAUUGCAGCUUGCCAAUUACUUUUUUUGUUAAUUUGUUAUGUUGUUGUGGAAGUGGUAAAUGCAUUUUCUGUUAGGCUUCAUGUCUCGUAAAAUUAUACAGUACCAUCAGUCUUAAAAAAGCAUAUUUUUUUUUUAGUCUUUGAGGGUUACGAGAAAGGUGAUGUUUAAACUGUAAUUAGAAUUUUUAGAUGGUUAUUGUAGAUUGUAAAACGUAACUAGAAAUAUGAUGGCACCUACUAAAGCAAAUAAUACAAUUUAAAUAGAACCUAAAGGCAUUGCACAGCAGUUUAUGUUUGCAUCUAGUACAAAUUUUUACGUUUACAACUCUGAAGUUUUAAUUUCUCACCUGUAUUGUGCAUAAGCUAGCUGGUAAAUAUAAAGAAUGGUCCUAUUUUAACUUUGUAAA